UGGCGCUGCACUGAAGACUAGGCUACUUGCACAAUCUGGAAAUACACCGCCAGAAAGCGAAUGGAGUCUAGCACACAUUGUGUGCUCACCGAACGGCUAGGACUCCGGAGUCAGGGUUCAUUUACGGACUAAUUUAAACUCAGCGGAAGCAAACUAUUGUAUGCAGCUGGGUAAGCGGAGUGUAUUCCUGCCGAACUUUACUGAACCAAGCACGUGCAGUAUUGGUUAUCCGAUUCCGAAGUCGAUGUAUCGAUAUUUUUAAAGCUCUAUUMRUUMAUAAUUACUAUGUUUAUGUUUGCGCUUAGGACACUUUGUGAAAUAUACACAAUGUUGGGGGCUCUUUGCGUUUUCUCCUUCUCCGGAAAAUGAGUGCUGUGAACACAGACUAUUCAACUAUGGUGAGAAGAUGUCUUCUGACGUUCAAACCAUUCAGGAUCUUUGUGGCGGGGAUCGGCUUCUUCAGCCUGUGCUUCCUAAUGACCUCCCUGGGGGGGCAGUUCUCGGCCAAGCGACCCGGAGACACUCCCUUCACCAUGCGGGCCGAAGUGCUGGGUGGUCCAGAGUCUCGCGGGGUGCUGAGGAAGAUCAGUGAUAUGCUGGAGGUCAUCAUGAAGAGGAUGGACACUUUGUCCAAACUGGGCAACACCACCACAGACUCCCACAGACURGAUGAGCUCAGCUCAGCACUGGACAGGAUCCAGCCAAUUGGUCUGGUGGAGAGGAUCCAGGCUAUUGCCCAGAACAUGUCUGACAUGGCUGUGAGGGUGGAGCAGAUCCUACAGCGCAGCAUGGCCACCAACAGAGGUAAGGAUGGCACAACAGGACAGUGUGAGGUGCCCAAAGACCCUCACUACCCAGACUGCCCCAGCAAGGUGGAUUGGAUGCGUGCCCGCUGGACCUCAGACCCCUGCUAUGCCUUCUAUGGGGUGGACGGCUCCGACUGYUCCUUCCUCAUCUACCUGAGUGAGGUGGAGUGGUUCUGCCCCCCUCUGACCUGGAGGAACCAGACCUCCACACCCACGCACAAACCUUUCCCCAAGAGACAGGCGGCAUUCCGGUCAGACAUUGGGGCCCUCCUGGAGCAGGUGGGAACGGGGAAGGAGUCUCUGAGUUUCAUGAAGAGAAGGAUGCGCAGGCUGGCUGCACAGUGGGCCUCGGCUGCACGCAGGCUACAUGACAGUCUGAGGAGUCAAUGGAGGGAGCAGAAGAGGAUCCUGGUGCACGUAGGCUUCCUGACAGAGGAGUCAGGGGACGUGUUCAGCCCCAAGGUCCUGAAGGGAGGUCCUCUGGGGGAGAUGGUCCAGUGGGCCGACAUYCUCACAGCCCUGCACGUCCUGGGACACAACCUCAAGAUCUCUGUCUCGCUCAAGGAGCUGCAGGGGUUACCGUUUGAAUUGACGGUUCUGGCACAACGGGGACGCUACUUCUUGAGGGUGUCCGACAGACGAAGCAACACGAUCAGCGAAGGUUGA